AUGUCAAAGGAUCCAGCAGUGCGGAUCGAAGUUACAGAAAGGCGGGAUAAGAGAAGAAAUUAUAGAAUUGGAACUAGCUCCAAGACUGAUACAGAUAUGGAAUAUUUUCCAGAAAAUGAUAAUUCAAAUUCCAAAUCGGAAUAUUUUGAAAUCAUUUCACCCACUGCUGUCACCAAACAGCCUUAUCCACAAAUGAACUUUUUCAAGAAUGCUAAAAUUUCAGUCAAUGAUCAAACUACUACUAGCAUUAGAAAUGACAAGGAGAAACGAAGGAAUGUUAUUAGUAAAUUCACAGCUAAUCAUUUAUCAGUAAGUGAACAGAAGACCUCGUUAGCACUUCAAUCACUCAAGCAGUUUUAUAUUCGACAGCACUCUAAUGCAAUCGAUACAUUUCUCGGUUUCCUUCGGGAGAAUCGAUAUGUUAUCGAAGAUAUAAAAGGGAAAUUGGUAGUGUUUUUACCUCAUCCAACAAUUUCUGCUUUUUUUGUUCAUAGAAAUGCUAAAGUUUACCAUGUGUUUGAAACAUCAAAUAAUAUAUGUCAAUGUAAUUGUAGAACAGCGAAAUACUCUCACUUACAUUUCACUACUUCCACAGGACAAGAAAUGAUAAAGAUGAAAAAGUUGCUAACGUGUUCAAGUUUUUUUGGCGGUCGAUGUGGUGCCUAUCCUGUUUGUUGCAUAUUUUCGACCAAUAAAUCUCAUCAGAUAAUAAUUGAAUCACCUCCAGGAUUUGUCAUCGGUCUCUUUACUUAA